CUUCCUCCCCAAUUUAACAGGACACCUCCACGACCACUGAAGUAGCGAAAGAAAAUCUCCUAAUCCUAAAAUUUCUGAAAGUUCUAAGACCAGACCAGAGAAUCUUCUAUGUCUGCAUCACUACUCGGCUCUCGAAUCAUUCCUGGAACAACCAACAAUUGCAGGUGCCAUCACCGCAAGAGCUACAACAGCAAAACCAUAAUGUCCGCCUGCGUCGACAACUCCUGCUACGAUUCUGAAAUAACCCAGGUCGUCGAUCGUUUUCUUGACAAUCACGUUAACUUCUCCAGACCCAAUUUCCCAGAUCUCGUCACUUGUUCUCCUCUCACUCAUCAAGAACAGAACACCUCUGCCUCCAUCGACGGCGGUGUAGACAGGGAUGAUGAGAUGUGGUUGAACAUCCGAGAAGAAGCUCAUAGCGAUGUGGAGCAAGAACCCAUCUUGUCUGGCUACUAUUUCUGCUCGAUUCUAGCCCAUGAUUCUCUGGAGAAAGCCCUAGCGACACAUUUGGCGACAAAAUUAAGCAAUUCCGCUCUGCCUUGUAUUACCCUAGUUGAGAUCUUCUCCGGCGUCUUCAAGGAGGACCCAGAGAUCAGGAAAGCGAUCCGGGACGAUCUCAGAGCGGCCAAGGAUCGUGACCCGGCAUGUAUCAGUUACGUCCAUUGCCUUCUCAAUUUCAAGGGCUUCCAGGCCUGUCAGGCUCAUAGGGUAGCCCAUAAGCUAUGGUCUCAGGGUCGGAACGUGUUGGCCCUGUUAAUUCAGAACCGGGUCUCUGAGGUUUUCGCUGUGGAUAUCCACCCCGGUGCUAAGAUCGGGCGGGGCAUUUUACUGGACCAUGCAACCGGAGUCGUGAUCGGCGAGACGGCGGUGGUGGGUGACAAUGUAUCCAUCCUUCAUAAUGUAACCUUAGGAGGUACAGGCAAGCAAUCUGGGGAUAGACACCCUAAGAUCGGGGAUGGGGUUUUGGUGGGUGCAGGGACUCAUAUUUUGGGUAAUGUUCGGGUCGGUGAAGGGGCAAAGAUCGGUGCCGGGUCAGUGGUGCUGAAGGAAGUACCCGCUGGGACCACAGCUGUCGGAAACCCGGCCAGAUUGCUUGGAUGCAAGGAGAACCCAAUUAAGUUAAAUAAGCUCCCUAGUUUCACCAUGGAUCACACCUCUUUUAUAAGUGACUGGUCUGGUUAUGUAAUAUAGGGAGGGAAAUAAGGGUAUGUAUCUUGUUAAUUUGUCUGCGAGAAUGAAGUUCUUGGCAUAGGUUUAAAAUUUCGGAUUUCGACAACAUUUCAGUCUCUGUCCUGUUUUUAUCUUAUGCUCUUAUUGUAUAAUGGAUGUUCUCUACAUAGGUUCAAAA